AUGACGUAUAAGUCGCUUUUCCGGACGCGAACGAAAUCUGGAGACGCGACCGGACGAAAGACCCUGCCUGCCAGGAAGCCAGAGAACGCGACGGAAAGAGGUCUGAAAGGCCUGGAAAACCAAGAAGCUGAAAAUGGUUCACAAAAGAUGCUCAAAGGUAUAUUAAGAAAUAUUAUAUAUUUACAAACUGAUAUAAAACAUAUCGAAAUAAAGCAAAAUGAAAUAUUAAAUAAAUUGGAAUCUAUUGUAUCAAAUUAUGGAAAUAAUAGCAAACAAGAUGAUUCUAAUAAUGUCAAUGAAUUACAAGACUGCAAUUUUCCAAUCGAUGAUUUAUAUAAUUUAAAUAUUAUAGAAGACCAAAUUAAUACAAAUUUAAAUUUUAAAAAAUGUUUGGUUCAAUAUUUAUCAUACUUGGGAGGUAAUAACAUUAAUUGUACUAUGAAGAGAAUACUGAUGAAAUUAUUUACUGACAAUUUACUAUCUUUAUUUUCGUAUAAUGGUAAAAAAGGAAAAAAGAAAUUUUGCGAUCUGAUUAUUUGUCCUGUUAUUUUUGAUGCUGUAAAAUGUCAAUCCAAAUUUAUGAAUGUUUCACAAAACGAAUUGGAAAGUAGAAUCAAGUAUCAUUUAGCACAGGCACCAUUCAACAUUAAAAAAAAACAAUAA